AUGUCGGACCCCACAAGAGCCCCAACAGCGAUUCUUGCUGAGUUUGCGGCACACGAAGAAGCCAUCCAGCAGCAGGACCACGCAUACUUGAACCAGGCGGUGGCGCAGGCGUACGAGGGCGUGAAGGUGGGCGACGGGGGGCCAUUUGGGGCCGUGGUGGUGCGCGAGGGAGAGGUGGUGGCGGCGUGUCACAACAUGGUGCUAAAAAACACAGACCCCACUGCCCAUGCUGAAGUCACGGCAGUGAGAGAGGCGUGCAGGAAGCUGGGUCGUUACGACCUGUCAGACUGCGAGCUGUAUGCGUCGUGUGAGCCGUGCCCUAUGUGCUUCGGCGCCAUCCACCUCUCCAAGAUCAAGCGGCUGGUGUACGGGGCGCAGGCAGAAGCAGCGCUGGCCAUCGGAUUUGAUGAUUUUAUUGCAGACGCCAUUCGUGGCACGGCCUACUACCAGAAGGCGAGUCUGCAGAUCCACAAGGCAGAGGGACACGUGGCCGCUGCUGCGGAGGAGGUGUUUGAAAACACCAAGUCAAAGUUCCAAAUGUACUGA